AUGUCCGAGCGUCAGGGGCAGGUGGGAGACUUGAACAAGCAAAGCAGAGAACAGCUCCACGAACUAUUACUGCGGCAGAACAACAUACUCUCCAACAAGAGCUUAAUAGUGUCCCUUCCUGAUAAGGGACAGAAAAUAAGGGAUUUUGCCGAGAGGAUACGCCUUGCCAUUGAACGACAGGAUGAGGAGGAGAGAAGGCAGAGUUUGGUGUCAGCGGCCAGGGCAGAGUUUCAAUCCAAGUACCGUCAAGCCUUCGCCGGGCAGCAGCGUGUUAUGCAAACUCAGGCCACCGCAUCCCAACAUACUGAAGCCUCGCCUGUCUGUGUUCAUGCGGAGGAGGACGAAGAAAACACUGUUGAAACCAUGGAGACGGCCGCUGCUGGGGCCUCUCUCAACUCUGUAAGGACAAAAGAGGCCGAACUUGCGGAGACCUUGGAACGGGUCACAAUCUCUGGUGCCCGAGGCAAGGACCCUGUUCAAGCCACUGCAACAGUCAAUUACUUCCUCAGUCAGCAGACAAAAAAGCCGCAUGUUGUAACUGUAUUGGAACGAACAGAGAACACGAUGGUGCCUGUAAGGCAAAAAUUCAAACCAAACCAGCCGGCAAACAGAAGCGGCAAUUCUCCAUCAGGUUCCUCAUCACCCGGCCGCUCGUCUGAAGGCUCGUCUCCGCUCUCUGCGCAGGCUCGGAGGGAGCGAGACCGAAAGCACCUGGACGACAUCACGGCCGCAAAGCUACCUCCGCUCCACCACGCUCCAGCACAACUUAUCACCCUGCAGGAGUCUGCCGACCUACUCAGAGAGCAGACGAAGAAGCAACAGGCACUGCAGGCCAAGCUGGCUGCACAAAAACUUUCCGAGGGAUUGAAGAUUUCAAUGGAGAGUUACAGCCACGACAAUGGUUCUACGGCAGCCUACAGAGAGGUUCACGAUGAAGGAGCGCAGCCCUCUUCAGAGGAAGACUGA